AUGCAACAAUUAGCUCAAUUACAAGAAACAUUUUAUAAAUUUUAUGUUUGUACAGCUGUUCGAAAAUUUUUCUUUUUUCUUGAUCCAUUACGUACAGGAAAAAUAGCUAUUCCAGAUAUUUUAUGCAGUGGGUUUCUAGAUAAACUUUUAGAACUUCGUGAAGAUGAUGCUGAUACUGAAGAUUUGGAAAAUAAUUGGUUUUCUUGUCAAUCAGCAUCAAAAGUUUAUAGUCGUUAUUUGCAAUUGGACAAAGAUCAUAACGGAUUAUUGAGUCGUGAUGAACUAGCAAGAGUUACUGGAAAGAUAAUGGAUAGUGACAAUAAAGGUUAUCUUCAUCCAGGUGAUUUAAGUUAUUUUUAUAAAGGCAUAAUUCAAAUGUUAGCUACAAGACCAUUCGCAGAUGUACCACCAUUUAAUAAUGUACAGAAUGAAAUAUUUGAUAUGGUAAAACCAGUUGAUUCAACAAGAAUAACAUUAAAAGAUCUUAUUAAUUGCUUUUGGAGUUAUGAAAAUCGAGAAAGUUUGUUACCACAAUUGGCCACGAAAGAUGAUACAAGUCAUGUGUAA